UGGUUCUGGUCCUGAUCCUGGUCCUGAUCCUGAUCCUGGUCCUGAUCCUGGACUACAACUGGACCAUAGAAAAGUUUUUCUCACUUUUUUAACAAACUUUUGACUUUAAUUUAUCUCAGUUUUUUCAGUCUCUGUCCCGGUGUCUGUCUCGUUCUCUGUCCCGGUGUCUGUCACUGUGUCUGUCCGGUGUCUGUCACUGUGUCUGUCCGGUGUCUGUCACUGUGUCUGUCCCGGUGUCUGUCACUGUGUCUGUCCCGGUCUUUGUCCCGGUCCUCUGCGGGAACAGGAGUGUGAGUGAUGGGUCUGAAGGUCUCAGACAGACCGGACCGUCCUCGGUUCUCAGUCCGGGUUGCUGUCUCUCGUGUCCCCGGACAGAGAAGCGGCUUGUCCCGCAGAGCUGGUCCCGCAGACCGGGUUAGAACCAUGAAGAUCCGGGGACUGGUUCUCCUCGGUCUCUGUCUGACCCUCAACACAUGCCGGGCCUUCCCCAACCAGCUGCCCGCCCUGAGCACCGCGCCGCCCGGCCUGCCCUCCCUGAGCGACCCGCUGCUGGAGCCCGAGCCGCGGGACGAGGGGCCAGGAGGCUGCGGCCCGUGUGAGGCGGACCUGUGCCCGGAGCCCCGCGGCUGCAGGGCCGGGCUGGUCCCGGGCCCCUGCGGCUGCUGCCCGGAGUGCGCGAACCUGGAGGGACAAGACUGCGACCUGGGGAACCGGAGCGUGUUCUACGGGCUGUGCGGGACCGGACUGCGGUGUCAGAGAGGAGGAGGAGGAGGAGGAGGAGGAGUGGGGGAGGAUGAAGAAGAAGAUGAACAGGUGUGUGUGUGUGAACAGCUGGAGCUCGUGUGUGGUUCUGAUGGAAGAACAUACAUGAACAUGUGUCGGUUCAGAGAGGUGGUGUCCUCCAGACCAGAGCUCACCCCCCAGGGGAGGGGCCCCUGCAAGACAGUUCCCAUCAUUAAGGUUGGUCCACGCAGUCAGGUGGACGGGACAGGAAGUAGCCUGGUGUUCCUGUGCGAGGUGUUUGCGUUCCCGAUGGCGCUGGUGGAGUGGAGGAAGGAGGGGCUAGAUGUGGUCCUGCCCGGUGACGACCCACACAUCUCUGUCCAGUCUCGGGGCGGUCCUCUGAAAUUCGAGCUGUCCAGUUGGCUGCAGAUUGAGCGGGUGGAGGCUGAAGACUCUGGGACCUACCAUUGCAUUGCCCGUAACCACCUGGGAUCUGUCUCCGCCUCCGCUGUACUGGGAGUACUGGGAACAGAGGAGCUGUCGUCCUAUCUGGCAGACAGCGUCUCCGAGAUGAAGCAGCUGAUGGACGCCACUGACUACGAGCAGGACUCCUACUGAUCCACAGGAGACUUCCUGUCAUGGUCGUCCAGCAGAGACUGGGGCCCCUCUGAAAGAGGACAGAUUCAGCUUCAGGUCACUUGAUGGUGAUGAAUGUGUGUAUAUAUAUAUUAGUAUAUUUCAUAUUUUUAUAAUGAUAAUGUGUGUAUCCGUUUGUCUUCACAAUGUGACAGGGAGGAUUCUAUACUGGUCUUUGCUGUGUAGCUUUUAUUCUUAUAUUUUAUUUGAGCUGAUGUUUAUGUAUUUUCUCUUAAGGAUCUUAAGGGUUUGUUAUUGUAUCUGAAGUUCAAACUGAAAAGUUCUCUCUCUCUCCUCACCUCACACCCACUUGUCUUUCAUGUAUAGUGACCAUCGGUUGCACACUGGUGCUCACAAUGCAUUGUGGGACAUGGAGUCCACUGUGUGAGGUAUACUUAUGGUCAGUAAAGGCACUGUACAGUGACACAACUGGAUGUUUACAAAGAGAUUAAAACAGUUUUGUCCUGAAGUGAAA